AUGAAUGCUCCCAAGGAGCCUAAAGUAAAACCACCUGCUAUUGACGCCUAUGAUGGCACGUCUGAUCCUGAUGUACACCUCUUGGCCUAUCGACAUCAUAUGUAUGUCCAGGGGACUACUGAUGCAACAUGGUGCAAAUACUUCCCGUCCACUCUGAAAGGAGUUGCCUCCAAAUGGUUCGAGAAGUUGCCUGCGGGAACGAUCAACAUAUAUGCCGAAUUGGAGAUGUUAUUUUCAGCAAGAUUUAUGGCUUACAAAGAAGAGAAAAAGACGAGCUGGCAUUUGGGUCGAAUACAGCAAGGAAAAGACGAAUCUUUGCGAAGCUAUGUUCGACGUUUCAAUUUGGAAUCAGGACAGAUUCCAGACCUGCCUGACGGGGUGGCGUUUGAUAAUUUCUUUAGGGGACUUAAGAAGGGGUCCUUUAAGUUCGAUCUGGUGAAGAAGAGCGUGAGAACAAUGGUUGAUGCUUUGAACGAGGCCGAAUCCUUUAUUCAUGCCACUGAAAUCUGUUCGGUCCCCAAGGAGUCUAAGGGAGCAGAGAUUGCAGACCACUCCCAGCGGAAGGACAAAUCGGAGAAAAAGUCCAACCGUCCGAAUGGGACGUGGGCCAUUGAAAAGAAAGGAUAUCAAGCAAACGCCUCCCAAGGACAGAAGAGGGGACGCCCCUACGACAAAGAGAGGUUUGAGUAUAACACUGACUUAUACACAAUAUUGCUGGACGUCAGUGAUAGGUAUGAGAUUGAUCGUCCGUUCCCAAUGAAGUCGCCGGUGGAAACGCGGGACAGCUCUCUCUACUGUAAAUUCCACUGUGAUGUGGGACAUGAAACUAAAGAUUGCAAGAGUUUGCGUAGGGCCCUUAAUGGGUUAGCCGCCAAGGGAUUCUUGAAGUCGUAUCUCAGCUCGAGUGCAGGAGGAAGUGGUAAAAAGUUCUACAAGAAAAGCAAGUCACCGUCAUACCGACGUGAUGACAAUGACACUGAUCCAGAGAUUGUAGCCGUCAUCUCAGGAGGUUUAGCCGCUGGGGGACCAACAAUGAGAGGACAAAAAGACUAUGCAAGCCGGUUGGGACAUGUCAUAUUGUCUGGAAAAGCACCAAUUGACCAUUUCCUUAAAGUAGAGAUUUGUGAAUCUGACAGGGGUAAGAUCGCCACUCCACAUGACGACCCCUUGGUCAUUGAAUUGAAGGUGGCAAACCUCAAGGUAAGGCGUAGUUUAGUGGAUACGGGGAGUUCGUCAGACAUUAUCAGCACAGCUUGUUUAAGUCGUCUUGAGCAUGAUCCGAAGACAAUUGAAAAAAUACAUUAUCUUAUCAUUGGAUUCGGAGGCGGUAUAAUCCACCCCCAGGGGAUAAUCACUCUGCCCCUACGAGUUGGAGGCCGGCAUCAAAGCAAGGACCUCACUGCUUACAAUAUCAUACUGGGUCGUCCAACUUUGAAUCAGGCCAAGGGAGUGGUCGUCACUCAUCUUAUGCUCAUGAAGUAUGUCUGUGAUAAAGGUCAGGUCGGCACAAUUCAUGGUGAUCAACAACUAGCAAGAGAUUGUUACCUCACUACGCUAAGUCCCGAGGCUUGGGAGAAAACUGACGAAGCCAGAGCAAGCUCAAAAAGAAAACUAGAUGAGAUGGAGGAAAAAGUCAAGAAGGAGACCUUUACCAUUGCCACAGCUCAUAUGGAAACUAGGCGGCCUGAGGCGGUUGGUGGGCAUUAUGAGAUCAUCCUUGAUGAAGCACGUCCAGACAGGACGGUGCCAGUAGGGGUCUCUCCUGACGACUAG